CCAACUUCGACGAAGAGGCUGUUAGGGCGAUGCCCCACAGAUUGUGGACCACAAAACCCCCCUUUAUUACGGAAAACAACAAUGAGAUCCUUUUGCAUCGCAGCCCUUUUGGCUGUGGCAUCUGCCUUCACCACACAGCCAACUUCCUUCACUGUGAAGACUGCGAAUGUGGGCGAACGGGCGAGUGGGGUUUUCCCUGAGCAGAGCUCUGCUCAUCGCACGCGUAAAGCAACGAUUGUCAUGGAUGGAAAAGCCAACGCUAUCCGUGAUCGAAUUACUAGUGUGAAGAACACCCGAAAGAUCACUAUGGCCAUGAAGCUCGUUGCUGCCGCGAAGGUCCGACGUGCUCAGGAUGCCGUCCUUGCAACCCGUCCCUUCUCAGAAACGCUCCAAUCUGUUUUUGGUGGUCUCAUUCAGCGACUAGGAGGAGAGUCUGUAGAUCUUCCUCUUCUGACCGAACGUGAAGUCAAGAAGGUCACUCUGCUGGUCAUCACUGGUGACCGUGGUCUCUGCGGAGGGUACAAUUCCUUCAUGAUCAAGAAGGCUGAAGCCCGUUUCAACGAAUUGAAGAAGAACGGUGUUGAAGCCGAUUUGAUUUUAGUUGGAAAGAAGGGUAUUGCCUACUUUGAGCGACGUGGAUUUCCCAUCCGGAAAAAGUACGAAACCGGCCAGAACCCAACGGCCAAGCAGGCUCUCGCCAUCGCCGAGGAAGUCUCCAGCACUUUCCUCUCCGGAGAGUCUGAUGCCGUCGAACUUCUUUACACCAAGUUCGUAUCCCUCAUCGCAUCUAGCCCCAGUAUUCGUACCUUGGUCCCCUUCUCUGCUAGCGAUAUUACCGCCAAGGGUGACGAAGUCUUCCAACUCACUUCUGAGUCCGGGCAAUUUGGUGUGGAGCGCACAGAACUUGACGUGGCGGCGCCCCAGGAAUUCCCCAACGAUAUGAUCUUCGAACAGGAUCCCAUCCAGAUUGUAAACGCUAUCCUUCCGCUGUACUUGAACGGCCAGAUCCUCCGUACUCUACAGGAGUCCGUCGCAUCCGAGCUUGCCGCACGUAUGCAGUCCAUGCAAAGUGCCAGUGACAACGCCGGAUCGCUCGCCAAACAGUUGAACUUGGAAUACAAUCGUGCUCGUCAGGCCGCUGUGACCCAAGAACUUCUCGAAAUUGUUUCGGGAGCAUCUGCUCUGGAAUAAAUUAUACUUAACACCUAAGCAACAAAUAUGUUCU